AUGAUGUGGCGCAAGCGCAAAGCCGCUUCACCCGCAUCUCCAGACCCUGCAGAAAACUCCAGAAAGAGAAAGUGGAAAGAAGUCUAUGUCAUCUCAUCAAGUGACGACGAGGACGACGACAGCAGAUCUAGCUUAGACGAAGACGAAUGGUACAUUAACUGCAUCCUUGACGAAACCGAAUCACAAUACCUUAUUGACUGGGAGGGCCCCUGGUCGCCGACUUGGGAACCCAAAGGAAACGCCAACGAAGCCGCGAUAAGAGUGUGGGAAGAAAAGAAGAGGACGAAUAACAGCCUGUCGAGGAACCAUCCCGCUAAUCCGUCGCCAAUCCAUUUAACUGACUCCCACGUCGAAAGUCGAAGCGCAGAGAGUCCAGGCCUUAUCUUCACGGAAAGCCGAAUUGAGCCGUCGCGAUCUGACGACCGUUCCCCCUCUCCAUUGUUCGUACCAAUCGACGAAGGACCACAUCUAGAGGAGAAUACUGGGUCUAUUGAAGUGCCAACGCAACCCGAUCAGGCGCCAUCUCUCUCUCAGGAAUUGAAAGGUCCCCGACCAGGUGCCACUAAAGAAAUCACCCACAGACCGCCUUUGUCAAUCACAACACCAAAUCACUCUCGGCUUGUGUUCGAGUACAUUAGUAGAUCCUCGAUACCGUCCAGAUAUCGACUUCCUGGCGAAAUCACAGCGCCCAAUUCUCCUGUGGAAUCUAAGGUUGCUCCGAAUAUUAUUCGCGCUACUCAGAGUCCCUCUCAAACACUAGCUGGCAAUCGAAACAGACGAGCGGACGAGAUAGCGGAGACGCCACCCUCCCCGACAAAUAUUCCAAGAAGCCAGGGUACACGCGUCACCUCAGCGGGUUCGCAGACAUCAAUUAUCUCAGUCACGCAGAAAUCUAACUCCAGCAGCGUAGGCUCUCAGGUCUUAUCAGGCAUAUCAGAAAGUCUUGCCGGUAACAGCGCUGUUCGUCCCGUAAGUUCCGUGCCGGAGACGGUUUUUUCACAUCAGUCGCAGAACACAGGUCAAUCACCAGAACAAAGUAUAAACCUCCGACCAAUACCCUCGAAACAGAAGGCCUCGGCAUCCGUGGUUAUCGAAGCCGUGGCAAUGGAUGCCAGCAUGGGAGACAGAGACACGCCGUCUCUGGCGGAGACCAUGGAGAAAUAUAGCCAAUUCGAGGGUUCGACGCCAUUGGAAAAGAUUCGAAAUGCACAUGCUCAAAUACGUGCGAAAACCAAUCCUGGAACUCCUCUGAACGCUGAUGCUAGCGUCACUCCGUCCUCGGCUGGGGAUAUUGAACCAUCGCCCUCUGUGUUCAUACCCGAAAUUACGGCACCUCUUAGCGUUAGGGUUGAUAGAGAAGAUGCUGCACACGUAACCCAUGCUGAGGGAGAAAUAAGUGCUCCCGGCUCACUGGUACGACCCACGGAAAUGGGUCCUCCUCAACAACCUAUUUUGGAGACAAUCCAACCCAGCGCCCUGACGGUCAGUCAUCAAGAGCAAGCGAUUCCAGGCUCUGUCCAGCUUGGGCCAUCAGAGUUUGCGGUGCCCCUCCCGAUGGAUUCAAGGGUAAAAGAUGAUUAUGAGCGGAUAUUGAAAGACGAAGCCCAAAGCAUUGACGAAUUCCUUAAGACGUUCGCGCUCCAGGCCGAAACGUCCAGGAUAGAGCAAGAGCGUUUGAUUCCCAGAAUGAAUAGCUUACUUGAGCGUUUGAGCAACGCUUCAACCCACCCUGAUCUGAAUAUUACCGAACAUAUUAAAGACUCGGAUUCGGACCUAGCCAAAGAGGCUGCGUGGGCUGAAUACUCAAGCGCGAAGUUCUUACUCCUGGGAUACCUGAUCAACAGUGCUAGUAACCGUGAUCUGCACUUGGUCGUCAUGGUUCACGGAGCGAAGACUCUGAGGAUACUUGAGCGCUUUCUUAUGGGCAAGGGCCUUUCGUACACGCGGCCUCGCCACGAGAUGGGAAUUGGAACGAAUUUGGAAGUCUCCAUGGUGAAAGAAUCACUGAGUUUUGGGAUCCAGUCAACAAUCGACGAUGGCAUUAUGGAGACUUAUAAACCCCCGGCUGCCAUCAUCGCACUUGACAGUUCCUUCAACGCAAAGAGCCCCUCGGUCGAGCACAUGCGAACAACCUAUGCUCGACAUGGGAACCUCCUCCCCGUGAUUCGACUGCUCGUCUCAAACUCCAGCGAGCAUGUUCAGCUAUGUUUUGCCAACUACCCAGAACCUCAGCGUCUACGCUUAGUGGUUCAAUAUACCUCACGUCUUAGAGACGUGGUAGGCGAUCUCCAGGAUGAUGCCCUAGGAGUUUACGAAGAUUCUGAGGAAAUCAUAUCGAGUCUUCUUUCGGACAAUUUCAAUGCUCACUGGCCCUUACCUUCCAUCGAGCCACUCCACAUCGUAAGCUCCGAUGAGCUCAACUCCGCGCCGAGUACUUACCAGAACUACCCCGAGACUGCGAUGUUGCCUACCCCGCAAAUUCCAAAGCGUUUAUUCGUGGAAGACACUACUGAACAGACACCUAAAAGGCCGAGGAUGGAAGAGUCUCAAGAAGCCAGUCAAUUUACCGAAGCUUCGAAGGAAUCCAUAAAGUUUCCCAGCCAAACAUUGGAUAAUGAUCUGCGGGCUUUGGAGUCACAUCUCCUGCAGUUGAAAACGUCUCAUGCGGCCGAGCUUGACAAACUCCAAAAAGCCUUGGUCGAUGCGCAAUCUCGUCUACAAGAACGAGAAGGGAUUCUCUCAUUGCUCCAACAUCGCUAUGAGAGUCGCACGAAUGAAUUACACAAAGUGCGGCAAGAGCGUGAUCGUUUGGCGGAAACCAAAGUUUUGUCUGAGCAGAGACUCGAGAAGCAAAAGGAAGAUAUUAUAAAACUAAAGGAUGAGCGCACUCAGUUAAGACAUGACCUCGAAAAGGCGCGGGAAGCUCUAAAGGCCGGAGGAGGAAGCAUGGCAGAAUUGGAAAGAGCACAGGAGGAGAUCCGUCGGCUAACCAAAGACAAUGCUUCCCUGGAGCGAAAAGCCGAAUACGAGGCAAAGCAGGCAGAGUACACACGCGAACAGUACCAGACCGCGUCCAACGUGGCUGCACAAUCAGGGAACGAGAUUCUGCUGCUUAAAGAGGAGAAUGAGUCCUUGAAGCGCAGGGUUGCGGAGGAUGCCAGCCGUCUCAGAGAACUCAACAUUCAGAGUGAUGAACAGCGACAUCUUGCGCGCGUCAAAGAGUUGGAAGCCAUGCUCGCAUCUCGCGAAGAUCUCUUGCGCAGAAAGGAGGAUGAGCUGCGAGAAUUUCGAAAAAACCGACCUUCGACCAGAUCAACGAGCACGCAGCCACGAAGCCCUAAAUGGACAGCGGCAAAUAGCCGUCCAACCAGCCCAGGGAUCAAUAAUCACAAUGGUUCCGGGUACUCAGGACGAGGCAGUGGAUUGCGGUUUAGCUCUGAGAUGUCUCUGUAG